AUGACGACAACAACAAAGCGCGAUUGGCAUCAUCAAGUUGAACACGAACGAAUACCUGCCAAUGAAGUUCAUGAGACCAAUGACGGUAAAACAAUUCGUAUCGAAUAUCGAGAAGACAAUGGAAUAAUCUAUAAAACAACUAAAACUUAUCGAAAUCAAAAAUUGAAAGUUUUACCUAUUGUUGCUGAACGAAAGAAAUGGAAAAAAUUCGGCAAUGCAGCUAAUGAUCCACCCGGUAUUAACACCGCCACAACGAAAGUCGAUGAUGAGAUAACCAUGCAGUUCAUCUCGAACAAAGAGGAUGCGAAACAAGAUGAAGAUAAACUUAUCAAAGAAGCCGUUUCAACUCUAAAGAAAGUUCAAUGUCGGUUAUGUAAAGGUGAUCAUUGGACAACCAAAUGUCCAUAUAAGGAUAACUUGCAAACUUAUAUGGAUCAAGCCAGUGACAAACCAGCUGAAAGUACCACGACAGCAACACCGCACGCUACAUCGCAAGGUCAAAAUGCAUCAAGUGGAACUACCGGUGAACCUUCCGCUACAAGAUGGGUUUCAAAAAGAGUACAAGGUGGCAGUUCUGGUACUGCUUAUCCUGGCGACCGAGGUGCUUCAUCACGUGGUGGUGGUGGCAGUGGUCCGUAUGCUGGCAAGAAUAAUGACAUGAGAAGAGAUGAAGCCACCGUUCGAGUAACGAAUUUACCGGAAGAAACUCAAGAACAAGAUUUACGUGAUUUAUUUACACCGUUCGGCUCACUUAGUCGAGUUUAUUUAGCAAAAGACAAGACCAGCAAUACAUCGAAAGGUUUCGCCUUUAUUACAUUUAACGAAAAGAAAGAUGCACAAAAGGCAAUCGAAUGUGUAUCUGGAUUUGGUUACGAUCACUUGAUUUUGAAAGUUGAAUGGGCAAACAAACCACAAAAUCAGUAA